AUGAAAUAAAUUUUGGCAAUCGCAUUCCUCAUCCUAUGCAUCACAGCUAAAAAGCACCACAAAUAAGAAGAGCCAACAGAUCCCAUGGCUUAAUGUGUUUAGGAUAAUUGCAUGAAUGAAGCAUUCGGAUGUGUCUUUGAUGAUUAAUGUACUGAGACACUUAAGAAUUGCGAUGAACAACAUGGAGAUAGUACCUCAAUAGAUAAAGUAAAUCUCAUUGUAAUUUCUUUAGCUCAUUGAAUGCACUGCCAAUAAUGAACUUGCUUCUGCAUUUGCUACUUGCAUGCAAACCCAUUGUGCCAGUUUAUCGUAAGUUAUGAAGUUGUUCAACAGAAGAAAAUGAACAUUUGGAUGAUGAUUUAUUAAACCAUAUUAACAUAUCAUCUUAUAUUGCC